UGGCAUUUCGGAUUUCCGGCGCUGCCGGUAUUCUGUUUAUUGUUAGUGUAGCAAAAUGUUGCGGGUUGCAGUAAAGGGCAGCGAAACGUUGAUUCGUGCAUUUUCCUCAAUUCACAUCAGCCGCCAAGGUCCAUUAAGCAGUGCUGUGAGAAACCAUUCAUCACUCACUUCGGAAGAAGCCCGUACCGGAACGCUCCUGAACCCAAACAACCCGACAUUACAUAAUGUCCGCAACACGAGUUUCUUCAACAAACUUCCGGCCGAGCAAAUCUGGAAGGGUGUUAUCUCGGUUAGUAACGCUGGCAAAAAGCGUGGCCGCGGAAAGGGUUCCGGUCGCAUCACGGCGAAGGAUUUGAACAAAGGGCAGGUGAUCGGAUUCGGAAAGGCCAACAUUGUCUGGCCCGGCCUUUCGGCGCCGGUUGUCCGGGGUCGGGAGUUAGUUCAACAGCAGCGUCUGCCAGAGGACAAGGAGCGAGAAGCGAAGCUGCGCCGGAUUCGUGAUGAGAUGGUGAACUUCAAGCGCCUGAAACUGGGCCCACUUGAACGCGGCUGGUCGGGAUCGAAGGCUCCGGGCCGUAGCAUCGGACCUCCGGAUCCGAUUGGCGAGGAUGAGUUUUUAGGGUUCGAGUCCAAGUGUUUGGAGCUAAAGGCGGUCGUAAAUAUGAAAGGCAACCACGGACGGAAACGGCGCGUUUCGGCCAUGGUCGUCACCGGCAACGGUAACGGGCUCGCCGGGUUCGGAUUCGGUAAAGCGAUCGAGGGCCGAGCUGCGCUGCGACAGGCCAGGAACCGUGCCGGUCAAAAGCUGAUGCACUUUGAGUUGUGCAAUGGUAAUACAGUGUUUCACGAUUUCCACUGCCAGUUUGGUGCCACGAAGCUGUUUGUCGAACGGAAACCGGAAGGCUACGGCCUAAAGUGUCACCGGGCGAUACGCACCGUGUGCGAAGUGCUCGGCAUUAAGGACCUGCGGGCGAAGUGCGAAGGAUCAACGAACGUGCAGCACGUGGUGAAGGCAUUUUUCAUCGGACUGUUGCAACAGAAACACCACCAGCAGAUAGCGGAGGAGAAGGGCCUUCACGUGGUCGAGUUCCGGCCCGAGAACAUGAACUUCCCGAAGGUGGUUGCUAGCCCCACCGUGUGCCGCACGGAAACGGACAAUAACGAAAUACUAGACUUCACACAGUGGGGACUGGGUGGGAAGAUUCAGCUGCAGAAGAAGAAAUUCCCGCCCUUCUACACCAAGUUCCGGUCGUGGGAAAUCUAUCUGAAGAAGCAAGAGUACCUCCGCAAUCAGGACAAAGUGCGAGUACGAAUGCUGGCCGAAACGGGUGAGGUACGCAGUUUUCUAACGGAAAAGUACCCCGAAUGCCGAAUGGGCCCGGCCCCGAAGGAAGAAUAGCGGAGCGGAGGAUAAUCCUGAGAGGUCGUCGCGCCUUGUUUUAAGCGGCCCACGAACCAGGCAGUGAUAUAAUGGGAAAAUGCAUACGAAAGUGCAAAUGGCAGCAAUGCAGAAAACAACACAAACAUAGCGAGUCAAACAGCUGAUUGUUGUUUGUGUUAGUCAAACAUCGAGGAAUCCCAGUGCAGGGUUGCGUUUCGCUGAACAGCUGGCUCCGCGCGCUGUCGGAAAUAAAGGUUAACUAUUAAGAACAUUUAUUGCCGUUUUAUUGAAAAAUUUCGUACCCGAAG